AUGGAUCUAUUUUACACAGAUGAUAAUUUCCGAUCACCAGUGAAGACUGUGCUCACGGGCCUUGUUGCGACCGUGGUCACCUUCUUGGCUUAUAUUGUCUUCCUAUCAUAUACCCCAAGUGUCGACAAGAAGUCGCCUGAAUUCACACCCAAUACUGUCCCCCUCGUCGGCUCCUGGGGUUUCUUCACCCAAAAGUGGGCCUUCUGGAAAGACUGCGUGGCCAAGUCCAAAACAGGCCACUUCAGCUUCUGGCUAGGGAAGAACCACGUCGUGGGGGUAUCUGGCGCAGCAGCCCGCAAGAUCUUUCUCGAUAAUCAUGACUUCGAUUUCGUGCGCGGAGCUGCUCUCGUUGACCAUGGACCGGACUUUGUUCCUCCUCUUCACGAGAUCUUCCACAACAACUAUCAAAACGGCAGAAGCUACUUCCAGCGCCGUUUGGUUGACCUGCAAAAGUCGGAGCAGCUAGCCAAGCGUCUGCCCGGCGUGACGAGAGAUGCUCGAAUGGCCUUUGAGGCCCUUGGCAAGAACCCCUCUGGCGUCAUGGACCCGACCGAUGUGUGCUAUCGGCUGGUGGUACAGCAGGCUUGUCGCGUCGUGUGCAGCGAGGAGAUCUCUGACAAUCCAAAGCUUCUCGAAAAGUGCCAGAACGCCCUGUCACUGCUGAUGCAUACCAGCAGUAUACACACAGUUGCGCUUCCGUAUCUGCCCUCGAUUGCCAAGAUGAAGCGCCGGUGGGGAAGAUACGGGCUGAGCAGCAUUGUAACCCCGAUCGUAAAGCGACGGUUGCGGAAAGGCGCCCCCCGCAGGGACGAUGUUGUUCAGCAUAUGGUUGAUAGUGGUGAUUCGCAAGAGUGGAUGGUCAACUUCUUUAUCAGCAUCCUGUUCAUUGCCUCCGCUAAUGCGGGUUAUCUGUGCGGCGCUAUGCUGAACAUUGUCGCUCACCACACAGAAUGGCAAGCCAAGAUAUACAGCGAGAUCAGAGCCGUCGCCGAGGCGCAUUCCAAGAAUCCUAACGCGCCAUUCGUGGACCAACUCGACUGGAUCCCACUGGAGGCGUGGGAGACCUUAUUCCCUUCGAUUGACCUCUGUUUCAAAGAGGCCAUUCGCAUGUGGGUGGCGUUCCCAAUGAUCCGUCUCAACAUGGCUCCGCACUCGGUCCCGAUCCCCGACACUAACGAGGUCAUUCCCGUCGGCACAUUCGCCGCGUACAACACCACCGAAGUCCACUUCAAUCCAGAGCUGUACCCAGAUCCACACAAGUACGAUCCCGAUCGGUUCCGCGAAGGUCGUGAGGAAUUCAAGAAAGAGGCUUAUAGCUUUGUCGGUUGGGGUCAAGGUCGGCACCCCUGCAUGGGCAUGCGCUGGGCCAAGAUACAGCUAAAUAUCAUUCUCGCGUACGCUCUUGCGAUGUACGAGUGGAGCGGAUGUGAUGAAAAUGGACAGCCUAGCACUCACUUUGACCGGAAGACCGAUCUGAAUGCUGCGGGCCUGAGCUUACCUGUUGGACUGUUUUGCAAGUAUGUUCCUAGGAGCAAGGCUUGA